UCUCAUCGUAAGUUCGAAGCUCCCCGUCACGGAAGUUUGGGUUUCUUGCCCAAGAAGCGUACCAAGUACCACAGUGGUCGCAUCCGCUCUUUCCCCCGGGAUGACGCCGCGGAACAGCCCCAUUUGACCGCUUUUCGUGGUUACAAGGCCGGUAUGACCCAUGUUGUUCGUGGUGUUGACCGUCCUGGUGCUCUCAUGCAUAAGCGCGAAGUGGUGGACGCUGUUUCUAUUGUUGAGACACCUCCUAUGGUAGUUGUCGGUGUCGUUGGGUACGUCGAAACUCCCAGUGGUCUCCGCACCUUGACGACUGUUUUUACCGAGCACUUGAGUGAGGAAUUCAAGCGUCGUUGCUACAAGAACUGGUACAACAGUAAAAAGAAGGCAUACACCAAGUAUGCUCUCAAAUACCAGAAGGAUGGUGGUAAGGAUAUUGAGAAUGAGCUUGAGCGCAUCAAGAAGUUCUGCUCCGUCGUUCGUGUUAUUGCCCACUCUCAGGUCAAGAAGCUUAACUUGCGCAUUAAAAAGGCGCACAUUAUGGAAAUUCAGGUGAAUGGAGGUGACACCGCUGCGAAGGUCGAUUUUGCCAAAAACUUGUUUGAAAAGGAAGUCACGGUCGACAGCAUCUUCGCUAAAGACGAACAGAUUGACGUUCUUGGAGUCACCAGAGGGCACGGAUACGAAGGUGUGACUACACGUUGGGGUGUCAGCCGUCUGCCUCGUAAGACUCACCGUGGUUUGCGUAAGGUAGCUUGUAUCGGAUCCUGGCAUCCUGCCCGUGUGUCUACCACCGUCCCCCGUGCUGGUCAGAACGGAUACUUUCAUCGUACGGAAAUGAACAAGAAGGUGUACCGUGUCGGUAAAAAGGGUGACGAAGCUAGUUGCCAGACCGAUGCUGAUCUGACCAAGAAGUCGAUCACGCCGAUGGGUGGAUUUGUGCACUAUGGUGAGGUCAAGGAAGACUGGCUCAUGCUCAAGGGUGCCAUCGUUGGGGUCAAGAAGCGCCCUUUGAUCCUUCGAAAGUCCUUGAUGAAGCAUUCUUCACGCAAGCAUUUGGAGAAGAUCGAUAUCAAGUUCAUCGAUACUUCUUCCAAGCUUGGACAUGGUCGUUUCCAGACUGCCGAAGAAAAGGCCAAGUUCUUGGGCCCUUUGGCUUCCAAACAGAACCAAUAA